AUGGGAUACCCCCCCCCACUCCAGGAUAGUUAUCACCUGUAUGAUAGCCUCAAAUUGAUCCCCUCGAUGUGCCAAUUCUGCGGUGUGGCGAAACGAACGUGGUGGGAAUCCACAUUGAUGUUCACGUAUGUGUUACAUGGUCACAUUUCGUGGAAUCUCGAGGAGGGACGGGUCAACGUACUUGCAGUUGCCUACUUCGGGCACAAAAUUGUUUCCACUUGUGGCCGUAUCAUUUGGAUCACAUCAGAGUCCACCCUCCUUCCCGAUGAUGAUGAUUCGGAUGAUGAUGAUGAUUUUUCCAAGGAUUACCAUGAUGAUGAUUAUGAAGUUGAUGAUUAUGAUGGUGAUGACUUUUCGGAUGAUAAUGGUGAUGGUUUUGCUGACGAUGAUUAUGAUGAUGAUGACGAUUCGGAUGAUGAUGAUGAUGUGUCGGAUGAUUAUGAUGAUGUGAUUAUGAUGAUGAUGACGAUUCGGAUGAUAAUGGUGGUGGUUUUGAUGAUGAUGAUUAUGAUGAUGAUGACGGUUCGGAUGAUCAUGGAUGAUUAUGAUGAUGAUAAUUAUGAUGAUGAUGACGAUUCGGAUGAUAAUGGUGAUGCUUUUGAUGAUGACGAUGGUGUUGAUGAUGAUGUUUCGGAGGAUUAUGAUGAUGAUGAUUAUGGUGAUGAUUUCGACGAUGAUGAUGUUGAUGAUUCGGAUGAUGAUGAUGAUGUUUCGGACGAUUAUCAUGAUGAUGAUUAUGAUGAUGAUGACGAUUCGGAUGAUAAUCGUGAUGAUUAUAACGAUGAUGAUGACGAUGAUGAUGACGGUGACUCGGAUGAUCAUGAUGAUGCUUCGGAUCAUUAUGAAUAUGAUGACGAUUCUGAUGAUAAUGAUGAUGAUAUUGUAGAUGAUGAUGUUGAUGAUCAUAGUGAUGAUGAUUUUGUAGAUGAUGAUGAUGAUGAUGAUGAUGAAGAUGAGGAUGAUGGUGACUCGGAUGAUCAUGAUGAUGCUUCGGAUCAUUAUGAAUAUGAUGACGAUUCGGAUGAUAAUGUUGAUGAUUUUGAUGAUGAUGUUUAUGAGGAUGAUGACGAUUUGAAUGAUGAUGAUGAUGUUUCGGAUGAUUAUGAUGAUGAUUCGAAUAAUGAUGAUGCUGUUUCGGAUGAUUAUGAUGAUGAUGACGAUUCGGAUGAUAAUGAUGAUGUCGAUGAUGAUGACGAUGAUGAUGAUGAUAACGAUUUGACGGAUGAUGAUCAUGUUUCGGAUGAUUAUGAUGAUGUGAUUAUGAUGAUGAUGACUAUUCGGACGAUAAUGACGAUGGAUGAUGACUUUGAUGAUUUUGAUGUGGAUGAUUAUGAUGUUGAUGACGAUUCGGAUGACAAUGAUGAUGAUUUGGAUGAUGAUAAUGGUGACGAAGAUGAUGAUGAUGAUUCGGAUGAUGAUGAUGAGGUUUCGGAUGAUUAUGCUGAUGAUGUUUAUGAUGAUGAUAAUGUUGAUGAUUUUGAUGAUGCCGAUUAUGAUGAUGAUGAUGAUUCGGAUGAUAAUGGUGAUGAUUUCGAUGAUGAUGACUAUGAUGAUGAUGACGAAUCGAAUGAUGAUCGUGAUGUUUCGGAUGAUUAUGAUGAUGAAGAUAAUGAUGAUGAUGAUGAUUUUGGUGAUAAUGUUGAUGCUGAUGAUGAUGAUGUCUCGGAUAAUUAUGAUGAUGAUUAUGAUGGUGAUGAAUUUGAUGAUGAUGAUGAUGUUGAUGAUGAUGAUGAUGAUUAUGAUUAUUCGGAUGAUGAUGAUUCGGAUGAUGAAGAUUCGGAAGAUGAUGAUGAAGAUGAUCAUGAUUCGGAUGACGAUUAUGAUAUUUCGGAUGAUUAUGAUGGUGAUGAUUAUGAUGAUGAUGACGAUUCGGAUGGUGAUGAUGAUGUUUCGGAUGAUUAUGAUGAUGAUUCGGAUGAUUAUGAUUUUGAUGAUGAUGAUUCGGAUGAUCGGGAUGUUGAUGAUGACGAUGAUGAUGAUGAUGAUGAUGAUCAUGCUGAUGAUGAUGAUCAUGAUGAUUCGGAUGAUGAUGAUGAUGUUUCGGAUGGUGAUUUUGAUUAUGUUGAUGAAGUUGAUGAUGAUUCGGAUGAUGAUGGUGAAGAUUCGGAUGAUGAUGAUGAUGUUUCGGAUGAUGAUGAUAAUGGUGAUGAUUAUUCGGAUGUUGACGAUGAUGAUGUUUAUGACGAUGAUGAUGAUGAGGUUGUAGGUGCUGAUUAUUAUUUGAAUGAAUUUGAUGAUGUUGAUGAUGAUUUGUAUGAUGAUGGUGAUGAUGGUUAUUCGGGUAAUGGUGUCACCGGAUGCUGCCCUGAUUUUAAGACAAGGCGUGAUCACUGUUCAUCUUGUGAGUUGAUGUACCACUCAAAGUCUAGGACCAUGCAGAAUGUUCAUUUUGAGGAAUUUGAUCUAAGCUAUCGAUCGGAAAUUCGAGCAAUGCUUCAAAUUUACGAUCCAUAG